UUUAAUCGUCUAAUAAACUGCUGUGAGUCAUUAACUAGGGUUUCUUUUUUCUCUCUACUCAAUGGCAGACGAUUCGCAGUACUCAUCCGGCGCAGACACCACUCCCAUCGCCUCCAACAAGCGCAAAUACGAUGACCAAACCCCGCCGUCUUCAACGCGCCGUCCUACUGGCUUCUCAUCCCCGGACUCCCUUCAUGCCCCGCCGUCUUACAACAGUGUUCCCCCGCCUACUGACGAGAUCCAGAUGGCCAAGCAGAAAGCUCAAGAAAUAGCCGCUCGCCUCUUGAGUGGAGCCGGUGCUGAUAUUAAGCGCCCUAGGGUUGAGAAUGGUGCUUCUGGCUUCGAUUCCAAUGAUAAGGGUUUUAGCUCAGCUCCUAAUGAUAUGAAGUCUCUGUCAAACUCGGCCCCUUCUGCAAUUCCUGUAUCAUACGGCUCAUACUUGUCAGGUUCAAGCAAAAAAAUAGAUAUUCCAAAUGGUCGGGUUGGUGUUAUCAUUGGGAAAGGUGGAGAGACAAUUAAAUAUCUGCAGAUUCAGUCUGGAGCAAAGAUUCAGGUUACUCGAGAUAUGGAUGCAGAUCCCAAUUCACCAACUAGGAUGGUGGAGCUCAUGGGUACUCCUGAACAAAUUGCAAAGGCAGAACAGUUGAUAAAUGAAGUUCUUGCAGAGGCUGAAGCAGGAGGUUCUGGCACUGUUUCCAAAAGGUUUACUGGACAAGGUGGUUCUGAACAUUUUGCAAUGAAAAUUCCUAAUAACAAGGUUGGUCUGGUAAUUGGCAAAGGAGGUGACACAAUCAAGAACAUGCAAGCGAGGACUGGAGCUCGUAUUCAGGUGAUACCUUUGCAUUUACCCCCAGGUGAUACGGCAACAGAAAGGAAUGUGCAUAUAGAGGGGACUAGUGAACAGAUUGAACAUGCUAAGCAGUUGGUUAAUGAAGUUAUCAGUGAGAAUCGUGCAAGGAAUCAAUCAAUGGCUGGAGGUUACCCGCAGCAAGGAUAUCAAACACGACCACCUACAAGCUGGGGCCCACCUGGAGCUCCUCCAAUGCAGCAACCUGGUUAUGGCUACAUGCAGCCUGGAGCUUAUCCUGGCCCAUCGUCUCAGUAUAAUAUGUCUCAGCCACCUUACGCGGGAUAUCCACCCCAACCAUCAUCUGGUGGAUAUCCCACCAACUGGGAUCAGUCAAAUGUAUCUGUCAAUCAGCAGACAGGUCAGGGUUAUGAUUACUAUAAUCAGCCAGCUUCUUCUCAACCAACCCCUGGUGGUCCUGCAGCUCCAGCAGAUAAUACGAGCUAUAAUUACAGUCAGCCACCAGCUUCUGGUUAUAAUCAGCAAGGACAAGGUUAUGUUCAGGAUGGCUAUGGUGGGUAUCCUCAAUCAGGUUAUGGUCAACCACCAUCAUAUGAUCAACAAGGUUAUACCUCUGCUCCCAGUUAUGGUAAUGUGGCCAAUGCUAGUCAAGAAGGACAUGCUUCCUCUUAUGGAGCCCAAGGAGACUCGGCCCAAGCACCAAGUCAGCCCGCUGCAAUAGGUCAGCAAGGUUAUACUACUGGACAACAGCCUAGCCCAAAUCCAUCAAGUUAUACACCUCAAGGAUCCAUCCAGCCAGGAUAUGGAAUGACCCCCAAUUCCCAAACUGGUUAUGGGAGUCAACCACCAGCCCAACCUGGAUAUGGGUCCAACUAUGGACCUCCUCAAGCACAGAAACCUCCAGCCAAUCCCCCUGUUUAUGGACAGACACAACAAUCACCCAGCACCCCUGGAGGUUAUGGCCAGGCUACCCCUGUGCAGCCUGGAUAUCCACCUUCUCAGCCACCACCAUCUGGCUAUACCCAAUCAGAUUCAGGUCCACAACGUCCACCACCAUCUGGGUUUGGUGCAUCAGGUUCUCAACCUGGGUAUGGUCCACCUUAUGGUUCAGCACCAGCUGGUCAAUCCGGUUAUGGGCAGGGGAUGCCGCCUUACAACACUUCUUAUGGUGGUGGUUAUUCUCAGCCUGCUGCGUAUUCUACUGAUGGCAAUACUGGCAAUAAUACUCGUGCAACUUAUGAUACUGCAUCGGCUGCAUCACAGCCUGUACAACAGGGUGGAGUUGCAAAAACAUCGCCACAAAGUUGAUGUGGUGUUGGAUAUUAUUUGAUGGUGUUUACUGUAUUCGUGCUGUUAGGUGAAGUUAGGUUUUGUAGUGUUUAAGAAGGUUUCGUAAUUUCUUAAAGAUGUCUUGGGACAUAUUGGUUUUGAUAGUAUGUAAUGUGUUUUACAAUUUAA